AUGGGCUCCUACAACCCACUCUCCCUCUUCCCCCUCCCGCCCCAGGUAUCCGACCCCAAACCCGUCCCCUCCGUCCUCGCCGUCGAUGGGUUCGCCGACAUGCUCUGGGUCGGCUCGGCCGCGGGACUCGUAUCAGCCUUUGCCUCCCCAUUAACCUUGACGCGCAACGUCCAGUUCCCAGCACACGGAGCCGCACCGCACCUGUCCCAGCAGCGAGAGUUCCAGGCGCUGCCGGGCUUGCAUGGCGGCGUGCGCCAGCUGCGGGUCAACGACCGCGAGGUCUGGACGCUGACAGAUGGCGGCAUGGGCGGCCGGCGCCGUGGAGGUGCGCCGCGUUGGUUUGUCUCCGACCCGACGCGCUCGCUCCGCGCCAUGACGCCAAGCCCGACAAACUCGCACGAGGUGCUCGCAGGCGGCACGGGCCAGAUGAUGCUGGUCAACAACUCGCGCGGCGAGGUCGUGCGAAGGUUUGAGUCCCCCUCCACGGUCGUCCACCUGGGCACGAUGCAACGUACUGUUGUGUGUGGUUCUGGCUCGGGCCAGGUCUCGCUCCUCGACCCGCGAACUGGCUUUCGCCCAGCUGCCAACAUCACACCCGUCCAGGCCCACACGGGCGGUAUGUCUGGCGCCGACUCGCAGAACAACAUUAUCGCCACGUGGGGAUGGACACACAUGCAAGGCCAUCCGAUUCCCGACCCCCUCGUCAAGCUGUACGACACGCGCACUCUCCGCCCCUUGCCGCCCAUCUCGUUCUCGAGCGGACCGGCGUUUGUCAUGUUGAACCCCUUGGAACCUUCAAAGCUCGUCAUUGCCGGCCAGCAGGGCAUGGUCCAGGUCGCAGACAUCAGCACCGGCACCAACGAGUUUCAGCAGCUCGACGUGUCGAGCUUUAUCACGUCCAUGGCCCUGUCCCCGCGCGGCGACUACCUGGCCUUUGGCGACGGUGACGGCCAGCUGCAUCUCUGGACCCAGCACCCGACGGGCGAGGGUGCCCAGCUCGACGACCAUGGCAACCUCGCGUUGCCACCGUUCAACGGGUUCGAGGGCAUCAAGCCCGAGUGGCCUGACCCGGUCGACCCGCCUCCCCCAAUCGUAUGGGACGACUCGACGCCACUCAACAUAAUCGGAAUGCCACACUACGAGGACCCACUUCUCUCCAACUUCUCCCCCGCAGACUAUGCGACCAUCUACUCUCCCUUUUUCAACCCACCCGAACCUAUCCCUACCUCGGUCCUCUCCAGUCUCAACUACCAAGACUUUGUGGGCUACGGCCAGCUGCCCAAGGAACUCAAGGGCAAGCGUAACCUCGUGACUGCCCGUCCCGGAGCGGGGAAGCAUGCCCUGCGACACGGCGCGAUUGGCUCGCGCCGCGAGAGCGAGCCGCGCUUCCGUAGUGAAAAGGACCGCCAUAAGGGCCGCCACAACCCCCCGCCAGAGAUUGACGAGGAGACACCAGCAGGCGAGGUGCCAAAGUACUACCGCAAGGUCGAGAUCAAAUACUCGCGGUUCGGUGUCGAGGACUUUGACUUUGGCUACUACAACCGCACGCAGUACAGUGGUCUCGAGACGGAUAUCCUCAACUCGUACACCAACGCACUCUUGCAGGCCCUCCACUAUGCGGCGCCCGUUCGCGCCGUGGCAAAGGCACACAUCUGUGUCGACUGCCAAAAGGAAAACUGUCUCCUGUGUGAGGCUGGAUUCCUGUUCCGCAUGCUAGAGGACGCAAAGGGCACAAACUGCCAGGCAUCCAACUUUUCACGCGCGUUCAGCGCCACCCCGCAGGCAUCCGCACUGGGGCUCAUGGACGGCAGCAACGACAAGGCCAUGGUCGCGCCCAGCACGCUCAUCCAGAACUUUAACCGCUGGGUCUUGUCGACGUUUACGACUGAGGCCGUCGUCGAGGGCCAGAACUUUUCGAUGCGCCCGCCCUCGAUGGAGGCCAUGUCCCUUUCUUCGCCCGUCAGCGCCAUCAACCAGGUUCUCGGCGUCAGCGUCAAGACGACAAACACAUGUCUGAGCUGCAAGUAUGUCUCAGGCCGCGAAUCGACGUUGCAGGCCAUCGACCUCUUGUGGCCGCGCAAACCCUCGGACGCGACCUCGUUCCCCGAGACUCUGCGCUCGGCCAUUAUCCGCAACAGCACCACAAAGGCCACUUGCAGCAACUGCAAGUCGUUUGCGCCCCUCGACUCGCGCCGCGACCUCGCUUCCAACCCCAUGUACAGCCUCCCGCCCGUCUUGUCCAUCAACGCGUCCGUGUCGUCGCCCGAACACCUCGAGAUCUGGAAGGACCGCCCCGAGGCCGGAGGUAAGACCAAGCACUACCUCUCGCGCCGCGUCGCGUUCCGUCAAGGCCCGCAGGGCGAGAUUGUUGCCGAUGACAGCAAUGAAGGGAUUGUGUACGAGGUCAGGAGUGUGGUGGUGCAGGUCCAGACGUCACCAGAGAACCCGGCUCACUUGGUGACGUUUUCCAGGAUGCCCCAACUCGAGGACGAGGACGAGCCCAAGUGGAUCAUGUUCAACGAUUUCCUUGUGCGGCCCGUCAAGGAGGAGGAGGUGUUUUCGUUCCCAGACACUUGGAAGGUGCCGGCUGUGAUUGUCCUCGAGCGUGCAGACUGUCCCCUCGUGGUCGACUACACCAGGCUGCCCCAGGAGCUCGACCACAACGUGCUGUUCAAGGACCACUCGAUGGCAUGGCACCGCCGGGCGUCGGAGAUCCACCACCAGGUCCUGAGCCCCGACGAGCUUCCCAAACCAGGCACAUUGAUCAGUAUCGAUGCCGAGUUUGUCGCACUGCAAAACGAGGAACUCGAGUUCCGGUCCGACGGCACAAAGAAGAUUCUUCGCCCGACGCUCAUGUCCCUCGCACGCGUGUCCGUCCUCCGCGGUCCAGGACAGCUCGAGGCCGUACCUUUCAUCGACGACUAUAUCCGCACCACCGAGAAUGUGUCCGACUAUCUGACAGAAUUCUCGGGCAUCAAGGCAGGCGACUUGGAUCCCAACAAUUCCAUCCACACGCUCGUGCCGUUGAAGGUGGCGUACAAGAAACUGCGUCUGCUCGUUGAUCUCGGGUGUAUCUUUAUCGGCCAUGGGCUCAGUAAAGAUUUCCGCACCAUCAACAUUUUCGUGCCGCCCGAGCAGGUCCUCGACACGGUCAACAUUUACACCAUCCCGGGCCGUAGUCGCAAGCUGUCGCUCCGUUUCUUGACGUGGUUUGUCUUGAAGAGGGACAUUCAGACCAAAGAGCACGACUCGAUCGAGGACGCGCGACACGCCUACUUGCUCUAUAAAGAGUACAAGGCGUUUGACGCCGAGGGCUGCUUUGACGAUGUCAUGGAGGACAUUUUCGCCGAGGGCCACAAGACGGGCUUCAAGCCCAAGAACGAGGCCGGCGCCAUCAUCGACACGUCGUCGCAGUCGCGGCCCAUGACGCCGUCGGCCUUUCCGCCACUGCAGUCCCCCCCGCAGAGCCACAGCCUCAGCACCCUCGGCCUCGGCCAGGGGCAGGCGCAAGGGCAGGGGCAGGGGCACGCCCACCCAGCCGCGCCGGCGAGCAUCACGUCCACGGCCAGCGUCGACGGCGGGAGCAGCAUGACCAUGUCGCCGCCCCCGCAGACGUAUUCGCUCGCGGCGCACACGCACGGCGCGGCCCAGCACGCGCAGCACGCCGCCCAGCAGCAGCAGCAGAACAUGCACUUUGCGCGGCGGAAACCGCAGCAGGGCCCGCCGAGCCCCAGCCCCGCGGCGCGAUCGCAGUGGGGGCUUCCGCCCGCGUUCGUGCCCGGGCAGAAGCGGUGGUGA